CCAUUAGAAGUUGUGGGAGAUUUGACCAAAACUUCUGAUGUAAACAAUUUAAUCGAUUCUACGGUCAAAACGUUGGGCAAAAUAUUAGCCCUGGAAUUGGGGCCCAAAAAUAUUCGGGUCAAUACUAUUAACUCCGGUUUAGUACAUGUUAGAGACCCUCCGAGUCCUAUAGAAAUACUUGCGCCGAAAUACACGCCAUUGGGAAGAGUGGGUCAACCCCUAGACAUCGCCCGUGCGGUCGCAUUCCUGGCCUCCACUGACGCCCACUUUAUUACCGGCGCUAAUGUUGUGGUCGACGGCGGGGCUGUAUUCAAUUCCGUGACUCCAAACAUACCAGGCAAGGGUCAGUCUCCUAGUUGCGCACAGCCCAAGAUUAAAGUGUCCACUAGUGAUCGAAAUGUUGGUGCCGGUGCCGAGGUACUGGCACCGGCACUCAGUGCCGUGGUGCCGGUGCCGCGGCACUGGAACGGCACCGGCACCAGUUCUGACUGUACCGGCCCUGACCGGCACUGA